UUGAGUCAUAAUUCAAAGCAGCUGAAAGGAGAGAACUGUAACUGGGAUUUUAAAAUGCUGCCAAAUAGUAAAAUAAGUUAUUUAAAAUGCAAAAUAUGAUCUGGAAAUUAAAUGCAACUAUUUCCCAAUAUUGUGACGAGACACUGAUUUCACUCAGCAGGAGAUUUUCAAUCAGAUCGGAUCAUCUUAAUAUUAAAAUUCCGCCUCUCCAUCCUGUUUCCACCCCUUUGAUACUCACACACACCCUCUGCAGACUCCUCAGAGAGGACACACACUCACACACACUCGGAGCAGAGCUGAGGACGACAGCAGACACCAGACCUUCAGAUGAGCCUCAAACACUCAACAUGAUGAGGGGAAGAUUUAAACAAGGAAACGAACUUUUUCACCAAACAUCCUGAAGGAAAAAUCACAUUUCAGCGUCCGGCAUUCACACCAAAUUUCUAAUGAUCCGCUGCCUGAGACCCUUCUAAUCGAGUCUUUUUUUAACAUCAUGAACCUUUCUGGUUCUUUGCCUCCGACCUCUCCAUACUCCUUCCCUUUCAAUGCCUCCAUCCCUUCCUCCUCUCCCCCUACCUCUCCUUCCCCCAGCUUCGCCUCGACAGCUCUCUUCUGCUCCCUCCUCUCGCUCCUCUCCCUGCUGGGCAUCACAGGAAACCUUUACACACUGGUCCUUCUCCUGAGGCGCAGCAGAAGGAGGAGAGGAUGUGGAGGGACCUGCUUCCUAACCAGGAUACCCACACCAUCCUGCCUUGCCAGCUUCCCCUCCCCCUCCUCCUCCCCCACCUCUUCUCCAUCCUCCUCCUCUCUUCACCUCCAGGUGAUGAGCCUUGCUCUUGCUGACCUGCUCUACCUGUUCACCACCCCGUUCAUCGUGUAUGACAGCCUCGCGUCCGGAUGGGCCUUUGGGGAGCUGGGAUGCCGCCUCCUUCUGAGCCUGGACCUCCUCACAAUGCACGCCUCCAUCUUCACCCUGACCGCCAUGAGCCUGGACCGUUACCGGGCCGUCGCACAUCCCCUGCAGACCUCCUCUUCCAAUUCCUCUAACUUGCUGCGAGUGGGCCUGGCGUGGGGGCUGGCAGUGGCUCUCAGCCUGCCCAUGAUGAUCACCCUGCACCUGGAGGACGGGGACAACAACGAGGGACAGCUGUGUGUCCCAGCGUGGGAUGAGCAGAGCUCCAAGGCCUAUCUGAGCGUGCUCUUCUGCACCAGCAUUCUUGGACCCGGGCUGGCCAUCGGUGCACUUUAUGCCACUUUGGGGCGGCUCUACUGGGUGUCACAGACCCGACCAGCCUGGGCCACUGGGAACAACACUGCAUGUCCUCCUCGAGCACCGAAACCCAAAGUCCUGCUCCUCAUCCUGGGAAUCGUCCUGGCCUUUUGGGCCUGCUUUCUCCCUUUCUGGAUCUGGCAGCUGCUCCCUUUAUACCAACCCGACAUGCUCCGAACAGUACCGGUGGGGACACAGGUGACAGUGAACCGGAUUCUCACUGGACUCACCUACGGGAACUCCUGCGUCAAUCCGUUCUUUUACACGCUACUGACAGGAAAGCGAAAACGCAACCGGCAGGCGCUCACACCAGCAACUCAGCUGUGCCGCAAGAGCAGUCCGCUGCAGUAGUUCCUGCACCUCUACAGUAGAGACAAUAUAAAUGUGCACCAGAAUAUUUAAAAAUUAAUAGCACUUUGUGAAAGGACAACAUUUCUUGUUAAGAAAUAGAGAUUUAAACAAAUUUAAAUACCUGAAAAUGAUCUUUGAAGGACGUGUUUCUGAAUAAAGGCUCUCAGUCAAUCACUUAAUGCAAAUUUAAAAGCAUCAAAAUGCAGAUUUAUCAUUCAAGCUCCAUUUGUGAAGUUAUCUGACCAAAGAAAAUGGAUCAUUUUAAGAUUCAGAGGCAUUUCCAGCUAAAAACUUCUGUGUAUUUUCUGAUAUUUCUGAAAGAAAACGCUCAUUUUUUUAGAGACUGCUUCGGUCUGACCAGGGACAUUUUUGAGACAUUGUUUGUUGACAUGAAUGAAAUAUGUCCAGAUGUGUCCACGAGUUUCUGGGAAAGAAAAAAAAAAGUUUGUUGACUUUGACCUGCAUGUUUGGGGUUUAAUACAUGUUCUUAUUGUUAUGAAUCAUGCAGCUUUUUGCAUGGCCUUAACUGGGAUUGUCUGUAGCCGAGGUUAAAGGUCAGAAUAAAGAUGAUUUCACUCUUUG